AACAUUUCGAAAGCUGCGCUACUUCAGAAUGCAAGACUGUGGUUCUGUCUUUGUUGUCCCAGAUGGUGUCAUCAGUUGUCCUUCAAAGUGUUCUCUAGUCAAACUAAACCAUCCAAGAUCAGACAUACCAUGCCUAUUUCUAUGGAAUAGUCAAUCUUCUCAGCUUUUUGAAAUACAGAGCGCAACUGAAAAAUGUCGUUCAUGGCUAGUCGGUGGAUAUAUUAAGACUGGUAUGGAUAUUUAUCUUGAACAUGUGUUUAAAUCAUACAUAUGUAGAUGGUGUGAUGUAUCUUUGCAGUCGGAUCGAUCCACUUUUCUUCUGCAUAUCACUCUGCAAAAAACAGACUAAAUUUGUUUCAUGGCAUUCAUUGCUUAGCGAGGCUGGUGAUAAUUACUCUAUACUUGGCAGUAUUGCCAACCUGGAGAGUCGGUUGGAAGAAAUUUGUGAGAAGAAAUGUGUUGGUAGCCUCUCUGUUUAUCGUUACGACGAAUCUCGAACAUUGAAAUGGCUAUCUAGCAGAGUAUCCGAUGUUUGUCAGGCUGCCCUUCAAUCGACAAAUCCCGUUCUUAAUUCUCAGCUUCGGUUAAUUAUUUCCAGUUCUUCUUCUGAUGGCAGUAAAGGCGGAAGUGAAGAUUCACGAGUUCCAGAAUUUACAUCCAGUUCUGAAGAGGCUCAGUUGUUGUCAGUUAGUCAACUACCUCAACAGUUGUGUUUAGAGCUAGCUUACCAGUUAGUGGCUGAUUAUCUUACUCCGGACUUAUCAAAAAAGCUACGAGAAAAGAUUGGUUUGAAGACUUCAGAAGAUACUCCAUCAGAGAUAAACACUUCUGCAGCAGUAGAUUCUGAGAAUAUAGAUCCUGCCGAUGAGCUGCACCAAAAGUCGCAAAAUUCAAAGAAUUGUCAACCUAAAGAAGACUAUUCAUCUGUUUUAAAGUUGAAAGAAUCGAAGACUAACGAGCCAAUAUCAAAGAAGGCGAAAAUACCAAAGGGUGUACAGUCGAUUACCAGCUUUUUUAGGAAAAAAUAACCCAAUCUGUACAAUUUUUAUAUGGAGCAAAUGUCCUGCCUUUCUGUUAUAAAUGUAUGAUAUGUUACUUACUAUUACUGUUUUUAUGCAUGUGUGUAUAUAUGUGUAUAUGUGGGUGUAUAUUUCUGUAUUUUAUACAUUCUCAGACAAAUAUGAUCUCAUAUUGUGAAUGAAAUUAAACUGGAUAAUUCUAUUUUUUUAUAAAGAGAAAUACAACA